UUUUUAGCAUGACGUCGUUCGUUUCGAUGGACACUAGCGCACCGCAGGCGCUGCCUUCGCCCAGCAUGACCGAGAUUCCCUUUCUGGCCAACAGACCGGACGUACAGGACUCUGUUAACGCCGCCCACGAGCGUCUGGGGCUUGUGACCCACUACCUGCGGGACAUCGUUAGGGAGACACAGAACUUUAGGAAGGCCGGGGUGGCCAUGGCGAAGGCUUCGGAGGACCUCGGAGCUUUCCUCAUGUCGGCGGAUCAACUCCACGCGCCGGCACGAGCGGAAUCGUUUUCGGACGAGUCGCGAGGGGACAGCGGGACCUGGGGAGCGGGGAGCGACGGGGGGGGUACGGCGCUAAGAGGGGCGGUGGGGGAUAGGGACCGUGAGCCUCUUCUUGGUACUCUGACUCCCGUACUGGUGCAGUUUGGGCGGCUGUUGAAAGAGCAGGCCUUGUCGCACAGCAUGUUCAUGGACGGGAUUCAGAAGAGCUUCGUCGAACCCAUGGAAGCUUACACGCGAGCGGCGCACGGGAAGCUGGCGGAGCGCAAGAAGGCCUGGGAAGCAACGGAGGAGGUUUUUGUUGCGUCGCUGGAGAAGUACCUUCACGGACCCAUGAAGGCCAAGCACCUCACGGACGACAUCAUCGACCAACGGGCCGCGGAGCUCGCGAAGGCGCACCACGACUCGCAGAAGGCGAGAUUCGCGUUGGUCCGAGAGCUGAGCAUGGCCGAGAACCAGAAGUACCUGGAGGUUGCUGACUGCGUGCUCUCUUCGGUUAACGUGAUCGGGUCUUACUUCCGAGAGUCGACCUCCCUCGUAGAGACGUACACGCCGUACAAGCGGGCCCUCGAGAACCAGACGGAGCGAGUGCGAGCUUCCUUGGCCGCUGCGGAGGGCCCUUGGGAAGCGCAAAAGGCCAAACUCGACUCGGCCAUCGCUCUCACCAACGAGACGCUGGAGGUCACGAGAAGAUCAGCAGUUCCCGGGGCGGGUAUGGGGGGGGGCGCGGCGGCACCGAGCCCUCUCUCGCGGACGAACUCGUUGCAGCGGACGUCGAUGAUGAAGGGGCUGGAGGGCGGGAAGCUCACCGCCGCGGUGCGGCAGGCGGCGGCGGCUUCGGAGUCUAGGCACCUGUGCUUUGAACAGGCAAGAUGGGGGUACGCGGAGGGUACAAGUCUAGGUAUCCGGAGGAUGGAAGACGUGUACACACGACGCGCGACGCCCGGCUGCGUGAAGGAAGGGUACCUGUUCAAGAAGAGCUCGUCCAAGAUGCUGCAGCACUGGAAUCGACGGUGGUUUGUGCUGGACGGGUCUAAGCUGUACUACCUUAAGAACGACCCGAGCAGGCAGAAGAUGCUCAUCUGCGACGUCAUGCUGUGCACUGUCAAGGAAGUACACUCUUCAGAUGCCCUCUACUGCUUCGAGGUUUUCUCCGCAAACCGACGUAGCUACAUGCUUCAGGCAGAGGGGCCGGACGAGCUGACGUCGUGGGUCACGUGCAUCCGAAGAACUAUCGAAUCGCAGCUUACCGGCAGCACCCCUUUACCAGGCGACGACGGCGGCGGCGGGACCCCAACAGGGCGGCUCAACAGCGGGGCCGGAACGAGCUACGCGGACGACACCUCGGAUGAGGAAGGGUACAGAAGUCUCGCCAACGGCGGAGGGGGGGCACGUGGAGGAGACGCUGGGAGGCCCCCCAACAACCCCCUGGUGCAGGAGGUCAUGAAGGCGAACCCGGAGUGCGCAGACUGCGGGGCCCCCAAUCCCGACUGGGUCUCUAUCAACCUUGGCGUCCUCGUGUGCAUUCAGUGCAGCGGCAUCCACCGGUCAUUGGGAACGCACGUGUCGAAGGUGCGAUCGCUUGGCCUGGACGCUUUGGACGAGAUAGACUUGAGUGUGCUGAGAGAGGUGGGGAACGCCAGGUCUAACGCCAUCUGGGAGCACUCCCUCGCGCAACGGGAGGGCUGGGAAAAGCCCACGGCGAACUCCCCCGGCGACCUCAAGCGGAGUUACAUCCAGGCCAAAUACGUCUGGAAAGGUUUCGUCGAGGGGUCCACGAGCCGGCUUGUGGCGGGCGGGGGCUGGGGCGCGGCGCGAGGGGGAGAAGGAGACCACAGUAGCUCCGAAGUAGGCGGUGGCGGCGGCAGCAGCCAUAACCGGCGAUCUAGCGGGGACGGCGGCGGGGUGNACAGUAGCUCCGAGGGAGGCGGUGGUGGCAGCAGCACCCAUAGCCGGCGAUCUAGCAGGGACGGCGGCGGGGUGAACGGGGACUCGACGGGCGGGAGCGGCGGCUUCGCGGCGAGGGGGGGCGGGGCGGAGAUGUGGUCGUUGCGGCUGUCGGAGUGCGCGGCGUUGGGGGAUCUGGCGGGAGCCGUCGAGGCGUUGGCCCACGGUGAGAUAGACUGACAGACAGCAGCAGCGUUUACGGCCUAUUUGUUUUGGGCACCCCUAACAUACCCCACUGAACAACAUCAAGCCAUUUUCUCGAUGGAGCCGUUGGGAUGCUGGCCCGCGAUGACACAAGAGGAGACGGCCCAUGGUGUGUGUACAUAUCCUGCUUGCUGUCCUCAGGGUUUCGAAAGUGGUGGCUUGUCUCUCUGUCGUUAGUGUUCGUGUGCAUGUCUUUCGUCCGGUUUUUGUUCCGACAAACGUCCGCUCGCUGCCUGCAAGGGUUUCGAACGUGGUCGCGUGUAUCUUCUAUGUGUUUCAGGUUGUCCUCGUCAUGAUUCGUGUUGCUUUGGCAACCAAACGGUGCGUAUGUACCUCCGUCACGCUACACAGCUAACCACUGAAGCUUUUCAGUCUCAAGUGUGUGUGCCGCUUGCUUCGCUCCCUUCCCAUUUUUGCCAAUCGUUCGUUAUUUUUAGGGGGCGAUCCACGAUGGACGAACCCCGAGGAUGAGCACAGGACAGCCCUGCAUUGCGCCGCGGCAACCGGAGACCUGGGGUGAGAAAUAAAAUUGUAGCAAAGAAGACAAAGUCCACCAUAUUUUGUUUUUCGUUUCUUUUAUUUCUACUGUAGAGGGGUAUGCCUAGCAGGCCAGGAACGGAAGCGAGAGAAAACCUCACUCUGCCGGAAAGCCCGCUUACGCCGGGAUUCGAACCCCUGACCAUGGCCACUAGAAGUUUUUCGAGGAUACCAACUAGACUUCCGGGGCGACCGGAUGCUUUUUUUUUUUUUUUUUGCUUGUGCACCACGCUUCUCUGCUCCGGUGGUUCCUCCCUCCUGAGUAUGCCCCAACCAUCUUUACUGCAAGGCCUGCUACACCCACUGCCCCCUACGAAUUUGUCGCCAUCCUCCCCGAGAUGGUGAUCCUGUUCGGACGAUGGCAGACCUCACCCACCUGUAGUACCCACCUGUCACAUGUGGGGUUUUUGUAUGCAGCAAACAUGUUGGAGAAAGCAUGCAGUCGAGGCAGUUGGGGUAGGAUUAGGGAUUGGGUCUGCGCACCCUCUCCUUGUUCUAUGCCCUCAUUAACUUAUUUUCUCGCCAAACCGGUCCGUAUUUAUAUAACAGUCUUCAACCUACAAGGUCCUCCCCCCUGGGUGCCUAGCCUCCUGAGGGUGACGCAAGCGAAAGGUUAAUUCAUGGGCUGUUGUACAUCGUAGUGAAUACAUCGGUUAUUAUUAGGAACUAAGAACACCAGCGUCGGCUUGAAGCAUUCAUAGAGUUCUUGAGUGCGGUAGCCAACGGUGAGGGGGUGGGCCCGGUUUUGCGACAUGAUAUGCCCUGUGUAGCGGCAUGUCCUGCAUGGCUCCACAAGGUGUAGUGGCACACCACUGCACCCCCCGACCAAUCUCCGCUGCAUUACCCAGCAAUAGGAUAUAAUAGCUCUUCGCUCCUGUCGCUAGCGGUGGAACAAUCGGGCGCAAGCACUGCAUCGCUAUCGUAGUGUAGGAACGGUGGCCGAUGUAGUAGGGGGUGGAUGCAUGGUCGACAGCUUGGCGCGCACCACCACGGGGCAUUGGAUACCUGGUCCUGUAGGGCACCGUCUCCUCGAGGACGCGUGGUCAAUCGUUUAACAGUUAAUGCAUGCAAAACAUGAGUACCCACCCCCUCUGUUUUAUGGCUCAUGUUCCGGACCUUAAAAACCUAUCCCACCUCUGCCCUGGAUGAAACGUCGCGCGUUGUUGAUCUCUGUGUGUGUGUUUAUUAUUCCCUCCAGGUGCCCGCGGUGGAGUAUUUCUCGGACAAGAUGGAUCGUUAGGCGAACAAGACUUGGCGGGACAUCUUAGGUUGAGUUUUUUCGGUGUACGGUUUCAGGUGGCGAGGGGGUUGUGUCGCAAAAUCUGAACGGAUUUCUGUUCCAUCGCGGAUUUGCGGAUCGUUUGGAUUCCGCAGUUAACUUGCACCCGGGGGGGGUGGGGGGGGGGUAUGAGGGUUGAAUGAAUCCGCCGGCGGCACUCCGAAUCACGGCUCAUUGGCUAUGCCGGGAUUAGCACGGCGGGAAAGCGAAAUCAUUGAACGGAACGAGGAACAACGAACGGUAUCGUUGCUAUAUGCCACACGACGGUGCCGUUCUUGGUAACGGCGUGCUACACACCGACAUGGGAUAUUAAUGCUACUCCGUGAAAAUUUGUGUAAGUGAUUGUGAGAGAAUAUGUGUUUUUGUUUUUCUUUUCAUCCUUCGAAUUUAGAGGCCUUCCAUAGCACCAGAGUUUGGUCCUCGUACCGCAGCACAGCAGGCGUUUGGCAAUGUCUUCUUGCGACAGACUUGGCAAGAGUUCGGAGGCGGGAUAAGAGGAGCGGCAGGGGUCGGGGCGGCGGCGGGGGGGUGGGGGGGGGGGGCACUAAUCCGAACGCACGCCGCNGGGGGGGGGGGGGGGGGGGGGGGGGGGGGGGGGGGGGGGGGGGGGGGGGGGGGUGCACUAAUCCGAACGCACGCCGCAGCCUCUAGACCGUUGACCUCGCAUCCCUCCAACGCCGGCACGGAGCGAACUACCGAGUUUUCGCCAGCCCAGGCUACGAUGAACCAAAAGCUGGUCAUUGUCCUUGCCUGUGCCAUGGGGGGUAGUAGCGGUAUGUAGUUGGGGGUCGAAAGGUUUUCCAGAGGCAGGCCCGGGCGGUAGUCAGUGCGCAGGAAGAUGAGUUUGCAGGCAGGCAUGUGGGUACUCUCUUGCUUGCCCUGGUGACGGCAUGGCCCCCAACUUUUUGAAGUAGUGGUUUUCAAACGGUCGACUCUUUUUGGUGGUUGUAACGGUCGUCUUGGGUGGGGGGUUGUGAUGUUCGGGCGANGGGGGGGGGGGGGGGGGGUUGUUGAGGAUGUCUUGUAGUCUAAGGUUCUUCGUCGUUAUCGUUUUGUUAUCAUCGUGUUCAUUCCGACAAGGCGAGUGAGGGAGGGAGGGAGGGAAGGGUCUCGCUUCCUGCGACGUCGUUGUCCUUUCCCCGCGGUGCCAUGCAGGGCGGAGGAGGAUUGAUUGGCGUUUUGGGAAAGAUGGAACGCUUUUUCCUCUGGCUUGAACCUUCGGCGGAGGUCAAACAAACAGGCUGGCGUCCCUCUUCCGGAUAUUCACAGCGCCAGCGAGGGGCAAAAGGGUAUAUUCCUGUAAAAUUUUGAUGAUCGCCUCGCUUUUUAUCUUUUUUUGACCCCCCUACCCUUUUCUGGCCCUAUUUACUGUAAGGGAACGAGUGUCCUGGGAGCAUACGCCCCCCCCCUCCUCGAGAUAAUGUCGAGAUUAUUUUAACGGGGUCCCCCAUGCGGUACCUGUAUGCGGAAUAGAUAGCGGUGUUAGUGGUGGCGGUAAUGAUAGCGAUAGUAAGCGAGCGUUCGCACUGUAAAUAUGUGCGACAGCGUGCGGAGAGCGUCGAACUAGAAGGAAUGCUGUGUUGAUUUUUGGGGGUAUCUCGACUGGUAUUAUACCAUCAUUAUUGGUUUGGGGGCGGGUGAUGUUGUUAGUAGUUGUAUGCACCAAGAGCUGGACACGGUAUUGAAGUAGCGACCUGCCCAGUCUCCUGUCGUAUGCUUCUUCGCGUAUGCAGGGAAAGCUACGUGUGUGUUUGUGGCGGGGGUCGUGGCGAGUAGCUUGAUUCCUGUCAUUGUUGUCUACCCAAGACCGGAAUUUUCGAUUUUCCGUCCAUCUUUUCCCCCUGGCCCGCCUUUCCGGAUAUUCUGGCGUCCUGCACAUGCUCGACUACUGCUGCUACUCCUUCGAGCGUGUGCACCCGAACGCGAACUCUUAUUGAACGCUUUAAUAAUGUUUAGUUUAUUUUUCCUUUUCUUUUAUCCGUAGCAGUUUGGUUGCGCCUUGG